AUGCUCAACGCGCUCACCAUCCUCGCCCUCGCCGCCGCGGCACCGCUGGCCUUGGCCUUCGGUAGCGCGCGCGUAGUGAACAAGUGCAGCGCACCCGUGACACUGUGGAGCGUCGGCCAGAACAUCGCCGGGCCGUUCACACUAGCCGCCGGGACAGGGUCGUACGGGGAGGAGUUCACGCGGGACCCAGUGACGGGGGGCAAGGCGCUCAAGAUCACCAAGACGACCGACGGGCUUUACACGGGGCAGCCGCAGACGAUCUUCGCGUACAGCCUGAUCAACGACGGUGUGUACUACGACCUGUCGGACGUGUUCGGCGACGCGUUUGCCGGCAGCAAGCUGGUCGAGGCCAGCGCCGACGCCUCGUGCCCAGUGAUCAGUUGGCCUAACGGCACGCCGCCGGCAGGUAGUCAGGUCAAGGUGUGCACGGCCGAGAAGGACAUCACCUUGACGCUGUGCGCUUGA